CUCUUGAAUUAGAAACUGCCCUUUUUGAGCUGGGAGCUGCUCCCUUGAGCUGGAAGCUGCUCCCUUGAGCUGGGAAUUGCACUCUUGAACUAGGAACUCCUUCCUUGAGCUGGGAACUGCUCUCCUGAGCUGGGAGCCCCUUUCCUUGCAGGAAGAGAUGUCGGGAGAGAGCGUGGUGAGCUCAGCAGUGCCGGCGGCCGCGACACGCACGACGUCCUUCAAGGGGAGCAGCCCCAGCUCCAAGUACGUGAAGCUGAACGUGGGGGGGGCCCUGUACUACACCACCAUGCAGACCCUGACCAAGCAGGACACCAUGCUCAAGGCCAUGUUCAGCGGGCGUAUGGAGGUGCUCACAGACAGUGAAGGCUGGAUCCUGAUCGACCGCUGUGGGAAGCACUUUGGGACAAUCCUGAACUACCUGCGGGACGGGGCCGUGCCGCUCCCCGAGAGCCGCCGGGAGAUCGAGGAGCUGCUGGCUGAGGCCAAGUACUACCUGGUGCAGGGGCUGGUGGAUGAGUGCCAGGCAGCCCUGCAGAACAAGGAUGCAUACGAGCCCUUCUGCAAGGUCCCGGUGAUCACCUCCUCCAAGGAGGAGCAGAAGCUGAUUGCAACCUCCAACAAGCCAGCUGUGAAGCUGCUCUAUAACAGAAGCAACAACAAAUAUUCCUACACCAGCAACUCUGAUGACAACAUGCUGAAGAACAUCGAGCUCUUUGACAAGCUGUCCCUGAGGUUCAACGGGAGGGUGCUGUUCAUCAAGGACGUCAUUGGGGAUGAGAUCUGCUGCUGGUCCUUCUACGGGCAGGGCCGCAAGAUCGCCGAGGUCUGCUGCACCUCCAUCGUCUAUGCCACAGAGAAAAAGCAGACCAAGGUGGAGUUCCCAGAAGCCCGAAUUUACGAGGAGACCCUGAACAUUCUGCUGUACGAAUCCCAGGAUGGCAGGGGGCCGGACAAUGCCCUCCUGGAAGCCACGGGAGGGGCCGCAGGGCGCUCCCACCACCUGGAGGAGGACGAGGAGCGGGAGCGCAUCGAGCGCGUGCGCAGGAUCCACAUCAAGCGCCCCGACGACAGGGCCCACCUGCACCAGUGAGCCUGGGCAGGCAAGGGGCUGCCCUGCAGCAGGACCAGGCAGUGCAACUCCUGUCCAGCACACUCUGUAAAUUGGGAUUUGUAACAAACUCUAGGUUAUUUGGGG